AUGACAGCUGAACGGAGAAGCCACGCCACCACGCCAGCCUCCAUUUCUCUCUCUUUGGGUCACACAGUUAAUGCAGUCAGUCCAGCGGUGGGAGAGGAGACCCAGACCCUCCUACUGCCAUAUCACGCUAGUGCUCCGAAAACCCAGACAAGAUGGCCGCCGAGCUAGUAGACCCAGUGACGGAGCCGCGGAUGUACCAGCAGACACUCCUGCAAGAUGGGCUCUGUGAGCUUCUGGAGAAUGACAAGUUUGUGGACUGUGUCCUGAAGAUCAAUGACCAGGAGUUCCCAUGCCACCGGCUGGUGCUUGCUGCCAGCAGUCCGUACUUCAAGGCAAUAUUCCUCUCAGACGUGGAGGAGAGCAAGAAACGAGAAGUUGUGCUGAAAGAUGUGGACCCGGGUAUCAUGGGGAUGAUCUUGAGGUACAUCUACACUUCUGACAUCAACCUUACUGAGCAGAAUGUCCAGGACAUCUUCAUGGUGGCCAACAUGUACCAGAUCCCUUCUAUCUUCAGCGUUUGCGUGUCCUACCUGGAGCAGAAGAUGGUCCUGAGCAACUGUCUGGCCAUCUUUAGGCUGGGGUUACUUCUGGAGUGCCCCAGGCUGGCCGCCACAGCUCGGGACUACAUCUGCGACCGCUUUGAGCUCAUUGUCAGGGACAAGGACUUCCACCAGCUGGGCUCCGGAGAACUAGCUGCCAUCAUCACUUGCGAUUCCCUGAACGUGGAGAAGGAAGAGACAGUCUUCGAGGCUCUGAUGGACUGGGUGGAGUACGAUCCAAGGGAAAGGCUGAAGGAUGUGCCCGACCUCCUGCAUUGCAUACGGUUCCGCCUGAUGGCGCCAGUUUACUUCAAGGAGAAAGUGGAGGGGCAUCGGUUGAUCAGAGUCAACCAGGAGAUCAAGAAAGAAUUGCAACUGAUCAAGGAUGUGCAAAGAGGGAAGCUGCCUAAAGUCAAAGGGUCAUCCGGCAGGAAGGCAGGAGCCGCCGGAGCCGCAGAGGAUGGGGAGGAUGAAGAUGAGGAUGAGGAGGAGGGCCUGCUUCCAGGCAUUCUGAACGAUAACCCACGCUUUGGAAUGUUUCAAACAGACUUUAUUCUCAUGAUCAGCAACACGGGGACAGUCGCCUACGACCCUGCUGAAAAUGAAUGCUACUUAGCAUCCUCAUCAACCGAGAUCCCAAAGAAUCACUGCAGUUUGGUGACGAAGGAGAAUCAGAUCUUUGUGGCUGGAGGUCUCCUAUACAAUGAGCAGAACACAGAGGAUGCCUUCAGCUCCUACUUCUUACAGUUUGACCCCAUGAGCUCUGAAUGGCUGGGGAUGCCCUCAGUGCCCAACCCCCGCUGCCUCUUUGGGCUGGCCGAAGCCAACAAUUCCAUCUUUAUCGUGGGUGGAAAAGAGCUGAAAGAAGGAGAACACGCAUUACACUCUGUUAUGAUCUACGACAGACAAUCAUUCAAAUGGGGAGAAUCAGACCCUCUUCCAUACUCAGUCUAUGGGCACGGCACCGUCUCUCAUAAUGGGCUCAUCUAUGUACUGGGUGGAAAAUCAGAGAGCAAGAAGUGCUUAAGGAGAGUAUGUGUUUACAACCCAUCUAAGUUUGAGUGGAAGGAGCUGGCCCCUAUGAAAACUGCUCGCUCCCUGUUUGGUGUUGCCGUCCAUAAUAACAAAAUCUACGUGGUGACCGGAGUCACCGACAACGGCCUGACCAGCAGCUCAGAGGUUUACGACAUUGCCAAGAAUACGUGGUCAGAGUUCACUGAGUUCCCUCAGGAGAGAAGCUCUCUGAACCUGAUUGAGCUGGCCGGUUGUCUGUACGCAGUGGGAGGCUUCGCCGUGAUGCCCAAUGACACCACUGAGAAGCUGGAGCCCACUGAGAUGAAUGAUAUCUGGAGGUUCGAUGAAAAGGAGAACUGCUGGAACGGGAUGCUGAGGGAGAUCAGCUACGCUUCCGGAGCCACAGUAUUAGGAGUGCAUCUCAAUGCUUUGCGACUCACCAAGAUGUGAUCGACAGCAUUCAUAAGCUAAUAGACAGAAAUGUACAUUCAUUUUAGAGUACUGGAAUAUACUGAGAGGUUUUAAUGGUCACAUAUAAAGUGCACACACUUUCUGAAGAUAAUGUAUGUUCCUGGAAGAGUGUAAAAGCCGGACAGCAGGGGGAGACAAAGAAUGGACCACUACAGGAUUUCAAAGCAAUGCGUGGAAACAUGAACUCAUGGUGAACUUUUGGACUGCAGGAAAGUUUGAUGCAAUUUACAUGUCCAUGUUUGUGUAUUUGUAUUAUUCACAUCUUUAUUUGAGUUAUGCUGAAUUUGAAUAAUAUUCGCUCUAUGAUUUCCAUGUGAAAAAUAACAAAUGUAGUAGUUACAAUGCGUGACAUCACAACAGAUUGGAAUAUAAAGUUGGUGAAAAUACAGAUAUCCAUAUGCCAUCCA